AUGAGAAUGAAUUAAGAAUUAGAAUAAUAAAGAAGAGCAUUGAAGGAAGAUUAUAUAAAAUUCAAAAAUAAAGAUUCAAAUUAUGAGGAUGAUAACUAUGAUGAGAAUCUGGAUUACGAUGAGAAUGAAUUCAAUGAUGUAUAUAAAGAUGAUAGCGAUUAAGAGUAAGAUUUAUAGUAAUAGUAAAAUUAUGACUCUUCUGAAGAUGAAGAUUUCAAUAAUGAUGUUGCUGUUCAAUAGAUGGUAAAUCAGGUUAGAAACAUCAAGAGUGCUGACCAAAAUAGAGAUAGUCAAUAGCCUAUAAAAUAUGAUGACAAAAAAUAAGAAAUCUUAGAAUAAGAACUAAUAGUAGAUGAAUAAAAAAAAAUAUUAAGAAUGUAAAGUUUGAAAGCAGAUGCCUUGAAAUAGGAAUUAGAUAAUAUACUAUAAUAAAACAAGAUGAAAGAAAAUUUAAUUUAAGAAAUAGAAUUGAAAGGGAAGAACAUUGUUGAUUAAACCAAAAAGUAUAAUGCCCAAAUUGUUAGUUUGAAUGAAAAAUACGAAUAAUUCAGAUAAAAAUUAUUGGAAGCUUAAUAAAAGACUAAAGCGUCAGAAAAAGAAAAUCUGGCAAUCACAAAAGAAAUAGAAUCAGUUAAGAAGGAAUAUAGAAAAAUUGAUGCAGAAGCUAAUAAAAAAGAUAUUGGAAUAAAUAGAACAGUUGAAUAAAUUUAAAAGUUGAAAUUAGAACAAUAAAAAAAUAAAUUAUCUAAUAAUGAUAAAUAGAGCGAUUUAUCUUUAAAUAUAGACUAAUUCAAAAAGGAUAAUUAAAGAAUUGAACAAUAAAUAACAGAAUCACUUCAGGCUUUAAAGAAAUAGUUAAAAUUAAUUGACAUUCUUAAAAGAUAACGUAUUCAUAUUAUUGCAGCAAGAAUGUUUUAAUUCAUAGAAUCAGAUUUUGCUAAAACUACUGAUCUUAGUAACAAAAUAUAAUACUGA